AUGCAAUAAACAUAAUUUUUUGGAAAAAAGAUUAAACUCUAAUAAAUUAGUUUAACUGGGAAUUAUGAAUGUCCUCCUUUACCAACACUCUCAAAUAUUCAUGGUUUAUUUUCACCAAGAUUAGCUAAUUAAAAGGAAUUUUUAUAAUCACCAAGAAAAAAGGUAUAUACAAAGGUAAGUUAAAGUAGUAGGACUGAUGUACCUUUAAUUUCAUAAUCAUAAAGAAAUCUAGAUGGAUUUAACAUUACAUAAUAAUUUUCAAUAUCUCCUUGUAAAAGCUAUAGGUCUACUUUACGUUGUUUAAUAACACAUGAAAUUAACUUUAGAAAAAAUCUUGAUCACAUUUAUAUUGUGAAACAACCUGUUAAUGAAAUAAAUUAAUUAAAAAUUAUGUAAAUGAGUAGAUAAAAAGUGAAUAGCGGAUAUAAAGAAGAUGAUAUUUAUUUAAAAAAGAAAAAAUUAAUACUUGAAGCAUAAAUAGCUUUAAGUGCUACUAGAGUUCAUACUCAAUUAGCAUUAUUUGAUUAUGAAUAAAUUAACUUUUUUGAAGAAAUUCCAUAAAAUUGCAAACUUGUAUUUUUAAGUAAUAAAACUAUGAUGGAUUUUUGGGAAAUUUUAUUUGCUUUUCAUAAUAUUGAAUUAUAAAGUGAUAGAUAAAAUUAAAUAUUGAAUAUUAUUUAAUAUAUCAAUUCAACAGAUGAUCUUCUUAAAUUUUUAUAAGAUAAAUAACUAUUUAAUGAAGUAAUUGAAAGUAGAGAUAUUUGUAGUCCAAUAGAAAAUCUAAUUAUUACAACAUCAAAAUCUAAAUAGUAAUAAUUUUAGAAAUUUAAUACAUCAAAUGAUUUGUAAUUUAAACUUGAUUAAAGUUUAAUAAAACAAAUGCAAAUCUUAAAAACUGAAGAAAAUGAAGAAAUCUAAAUGAUUAGAAAUAGAUUAGAUGAAAAUUUAAAGGAUUAUAAAAUUGAAGUUAAAUCUGAUACAAUUUAAGAAAUUUUAGAAAAAUAAGGUUUGAAUAAAAACAUAAAGCAAAACUAAUAAAAAUGUAACUUUAACAUAAUUAGAUAGAUUUUAAAUUGUCUAAUUUUAAAACUUAAUGUAGUACAAUAGCGAAAACACAAUCUAAAAAUCAAACCUACAUAAAUCAAUUUACUAAAUUUCCUCUCUACAUAGCAUAAUCAUAACCAUUAGCAACAUAUUAUAAUAUACCAAAAUUAAUGGAAAAAAGUGGACUUAACAGAAAUGAAAUUCAUGAGAUAUACUCAAGAUAUAAAGCAUUAUUGAGUUUUGAAUGUACUUAAAUACCAGGAAUGACUAAAUAAAGUAAUAAUUAUAUAUAAAUAAAGUGUUACCCAAUGGAAUCAGUAGAGAUUCAUUUGCAGCAGGGCUUAAUGAAUUAUCAAUGGCCCCUUCUGGAGUAAUUGAUUAAUUAUUUAAUUUAUUUGCAAUAGAAAACAGUUUGAAUUUUGAAGGAUUCCUUUAGAUUAUAAAUUUAAUAACUGCCAAAAGCAAUGAAAAAAAAAUUGAAUUAAUUUUAAAAGUAAAUAUUAAUAAAAUUAGUUAAUUGAUGAAAAUGGAAAUGGAUUACUCUCUUUUGAAGAAAUAUCUUAAAGAUGUGAAAUGAUGAUGGAUUCUAUAAUGAAAUAUAAAAAUGGAGAAUCUUGUACUAAUAAUAUGGUUGAUAUAAUAACAAAAUCUAUUUUUGAUGUAAUAUAUAUAGUUAUUUUAAGGCUGUAGAAAUGAAUUAUGAUGAAGAAAUACCAAUAGAAAAACUGAGAUUGCUAAUUGAAAGUAGAAGUUAGGCUUCCAAAGCUUUAUUAAUGAUGUGUUGUGGUGAUAUAAACUAUAUUGAUUGA